AUGUCCUCGGUUGUUACUAGAUCCAGGCUGUCUGCGGGCUUUGGCUCUAGGUUGACCAGCGCCUCAUUCAGAUCGGGCAAGGAAUUUGCCAACCAGGAUAUUUGUGCCCAGCAGACCUUGCCUAGGAUCGACGGCAAAAGCGCCACCCAGCCCCCACUCGGAAUAGAGUCGGUCAUGCCGUCGUCGAUGAUGGCUUAA